AUGGAUAUCAUGGAUCCCUUCACCACCGAGCUCCUUUCGGGCCCUCCCAUCCCCGUCGCCUUACCAGGGAGCGGCGCCGAGACGAGGGACAUUGACGACUACCUCCGAGCCAUCGGUGCACUUCCUGCGCUUCGACCCGUCGACCACUACGCCGCAAUGGAGGAACCCGUACCAUCCCUGCUCCCGGAGAGCGCCGUCCCAGUCUUCGAUACCCCUGAAUCCAACAACUCGGCCACGCGUCCGCGGCUCUCCGACUACGACGCCGACAUUGACUUCAACCUCCGCAAGCUGGAGAUGAACGUCGUGGAGCCGCCGAGGCCAGACUACCUGAAGACGGUGCAGGGAGAUCGGAUGAGCCCGUCCAUGCGCGCCAACCUUGUUAUCUGGAUGGAAGGGCUUACUCGGUACUACGGCCUGGCCCCCGGCACGCUUCACCGCGCCGUCUCCUACGUCGACCGCGUGCUAUCAGCGCGAACCUUACCUACGACUAACAUGGAGUAUGAGCUCCAUCUCCUGGGCGCCACGGCCGCCUUCACCGCCGCCAAAUAUGAGGAGCGGGACACCAUAUUCAAGGUGGACGCCGCGAAAAUUGCCAACGACUGUGGGUUCGCCACGAGCAAGGAGGUGAUCGACGUGGAGUGCAAGAUGUUGGCGGUGCUCCGGUACGAGCUCAGCGAACCAACGGCCUACAUCUUUGUGGACCACUUCACCAGGUACAGUAAUGGAGAGAGCGACCUGGAGGUUCAGAAGUUGGCGCAUCGGCUCGCCGAACAAUCGCUCGUCGACUACAGAUGCCUGCCGCUCAUGCCAUCGGCCGUGGCGGCGUCGGCCGUCUUUCUGGCAAGGCUGAUCUUGAACCCAAUGGCGAGCCAGGUUCGAAAGUGGAACAGGGAAUUCACGGAGCUGACAGGGUACAAGCCCACGGACCUCAUCCUUGGCAUUGAGUCGCUGUACAUGAUGAAUCCUGAUCCUCGCUUUGCGGUCUUGUCAGCUUUUUUGCAAGACGAACAAGAAUUGUGUAUAAUUGGCAAGCUCCCUUUGAAUUGUGGAAUUAUAUGCCCUAUGCCGACGGCUACCAGAUUCAAUAUUCAAUUGUACGAAAUUGUCAAAGAAUAUAUCGAGAAAACCUCCCUGGCCGUACGUUCCAGCAGAGACGCCAUCGUAAAAAGGUCAAUUGUUCAGAAGUUGGCGCAUCAGCACGGCCUGGAAGGAGAGCGCGACCUGGAGGUUCAGAAGUUGGCGUAUCAGCUCGCCGAAACAUCGCUGGUUGACUACAGAUGCGUGCAGCUCAUGCCAUCCGCCGUGGCGGCGUCGGCGGUCUUUCUGGCCAGGCUGAUCUUGAACCCAAUGGCGAGCCAGGUGCAGAAGUGGAACAGAGAAUUCACGGAGCUGACAGGGUACAAGCCCACGGACCUCAUCCUUGGCAUUCAGUCCUUGUACAUGAUGAAUCCCGAUCCGCGCUUCGUGAUCUUGCCAGCGUAUUAG